GGUGUCUCUUCAUAGCGGACAGCACUUUGGGGACCUGAGUAUGGUUGGUGCUACCCGCGCCGACGAGCAGUGGCCCAUCAUUGAGCAGUUAUCUGGACCCAGGGACCAAGGUUCUCAGGCCCUCCUAAAUUAUGUUUGCCAACGUGACUGCUCAGAAAACCCAAAGCAAUGGACCUUCUGCACAGGAUAGGCAGCGCGACUGGCGACUGAAUCCUUUCAGGUCCCCACUGGAUGACUAUGGAGUGGCAGCUUAGAAAAACGUCUCAUGGGCAGAAAUUUGUUACUUUUGCUACCUCAUGAAUGCUAGGCAAGGACUUUAUUGUGGAGAUAACACCCCCCUCACGCUCCACCCGCCAGCUUACUGGGGGAAAUACUACAGUACAAUCAAUAAAACUGAGUUUUAAAACAAUACCAGGAUGUGGUGGUGGCAUAUGCCUUUAAUCUCAGCAUUUGGAAGGCAGGUAUCGCUGUGAGUUUGGGUCUAUAUAUUAAGUUCCAGACUAAUCAGGGAUCACAGUAAAUCCCCCCCUCUCAAAAAAAAAAAAAGCCUCUUGUGAUGCCCACAUAAUACCAGCACUUGAGAGACGGAGGCAGGAGAUUGUUGUGACUUCAAGGCCAGCCUAGGGUUACAUAGUGAGUUUGAGGUUAGUGUGGGCUGCAUGAGACUAUAUUGUUUUAAAUGGAGGGGGCCAAUAAAAGAUAAUCUCUGAGGCUUCCUGGACGCCAACCUAGGCGAAAAAUGUGACUCCAGUCUCAAUAAUAGACCUUGCGUCUAAAUGAUGGCACAGAAUGAUGGACGCGGACACUCAAUGCCCUUUUCUUGCCUCUGCAUGCGCCUUCAGAAACGUGUAUAACCGGAUUCACACUGGGUGGGGGAGGGAAAGGGAGAGAUAAUAAGUAAAAGGGUUCCGCCAGCCUAGGCCUUGAGUGGCUUCAGGUAAUGGUGCUGCGCAGCUCAUGUCAUCUAUAGACACUAGAAUUAAGGAACCAAAGAGAUUCGUAGCUUCCGGCGGUCUCUAGCCAAGACUUUGACGGGAAGGAGGCGGGGCGAGACUGGCGUAGACCUGCCCCCGGCAGCCGUCAAGCGACCUAGGCGUGUUUUGCGACAACAGGCGGGGAGCCUUUUCCGGCGGGUACGCGGACCCUGAGGCCCCCAAGGCAAGCUCUCUUAGUGCGUAUGGCUCCCCACAGCAACCCUGGCUCCUGGCCAUAGCGGCUCUGAGCUGCUCCACUAGGUGACCUUAGUCUAGCCCCCUGCUAGUCUGACCUUAGUCUAGUCUAGUCCCCUGCUAGUGUGUCUGAGAUCUCUCUCCUGAGCGGUGGAGGACACGGGCUGGCCCCGGGGCAGGAGGAGCUCCGGGCAGCAGGGUCGGGACCGGAGGAGAUGCCCCUCCACGUGAAGUGGCCGUUCCCCGCGGUGCCCCGGCUCACCUGGACCAUAGCCAGCAGCGUCGUCAUGGGCCUGGUGGGCACCUACAGCUGCUUCUGGACCAAGUACAUGAACCAACUCACCGUGCACAACAAAGAAGUGUUGUAUGAGCUCAUUGAGAACCGAGGCCCUGCCACACCCCUUAUCACCGUCUCCAACCACCAAUCCUGCAUGGAUGACCCUCAUCUAUGGGGAAUCCUGAAACUCCGCCACAUCUGGAACCUGAAGUUGAUGCGUUGGACCCCUGCAGCUGCAGACAUCUGCUUCACCAAGGAGCUGCACUCUCAUUUCUUCAGCUUGGGCAAAUGUGUGCCUGUGUGUCGAGGAGAUGGUGUCUACCAGAAAGGAAUGGACUUCAUUUUGGAGAAGCUUAACCAUGGGGACUGGGUACACAUCUUUCCAGAAGGGAAAGUAAACAUGAGUUCUGAGUUCCUGCGCUUCAAAUGGGUAGGAAUUGGACGGCUGAUUGCUGAGUGUCAUCUAAACCCCAUCAUCCUGCCACUAUGGCAUGUUGGAAUGAAUGAUGUCCUCCCUAAUAGCCCACCCUACUUUCCCCGAUUUGGACAGAAAAUCACCGUGCUGAUCGGGAAGCCCUUUAGUGCACUCCCUGUGCUUGAGCGGCUCCGGGCAGAAAACAAGUCAGCUGUGAGUUUCCACCCAAGGUCCCCUAGCUGUCCUUGGCCUUCCCAGCCCCUCAGACUCCCAGGGUACCUCAGCCAUGGUCCCUGGGGAGUGCAGGCCAGCACCAUCCUUGCUCUCAGGUGGAGAUUCGGAAAGCCCUCACAGACUUCAUUCAAGAGGAAUUCCAGCGGCUGAAGAUGCAGGCGGAACAGCUCCACAACCAUUUCCAGCCCGGAAGAUAGGUUUUGCCUGCCCAAUCUGUGCCCUGAAGUCCUUAGCCGAGGGAGCACUGGAUCCUCCAGGGUUUGAGAAGUGGUGGUGCAGGACCCUGCCCAACCCUGCUUGGCUCUGUACUGCCUUUGAGAUUCUUCCCUGCACAAAACUGAGGCUGGAAGAUGAACUGAUGCUUUUAACUCAGAUAGAUUGGCUCGUAAUCCCUGCUGGAUACUCUUUUGUUUUGUUUUGAGACAGGGUUUCUCUAUGUAGCCCUGGCUCUCCUGGAACUUACUCUGUAGACCUGGUUGGCCUUGAACUCAUAGCGAUCCAUCUGCCUGUGCCUCCCAAGUGCUAGGAUUAAAGGUGUGUGCCACCAUUGCUUGGCCUGGAUACCCUUUCUUAUCUUCAAGCAUCUGGCUCCUCUGGGUCUCCUGGGCUAAAAGAAGAGCCUUGGCUGUCCCUCACACUUGGCAGAGAAGGGAGGAAGACUCUUAGGCAGGGGCUAGCUUCCUUCUCACAUCUCUCAGGGGCUAGCAUUGGAAGGGAGCAAAGCAGGCAGUUGUGAAACUGGUAGGAGAAUAGGUGUCCUGGCCAUAGAUGCAGAAAGGGGACCCAAAUGGCCCCUUGGAUGGACUACCACUUGCCUACAUUUUCCCAGGAACUUCUCACAAUCUCCUUAGGGAUGGCUGUCAGCCAGGUCAUUUGUCCUUGGGUGGUCUCCAGACAAGAGCAAGUCUUGGCCAGGAUUCAAGCCUAGCUAAACUUAACUAGAUGUUUCUGCUAGAUUGCAGAAAAAGGGCCCCCAAGACCUGACUGUGAACCCCCCAAUGUCAGGGCUUACCCACUUCUCUAACCUUUUUGCCUUGACAUUCCCUAUGUCCUGAGGUCUGGGUUUUCAUGUUUUUAGAGUAAUAAAAUAUUUGUGUUAUGCCACUA